AGUGUUGCUGCUGCUGAUGAGAGCAGCUGCAGGAGUCUGGACAUGUGACCUCAGCACAGGAAGAAGAGUCAAGACAUGAGUCACAGAUUCCUCCUCCACCAGAGAAACCACACAACAACCCUCUGAAAGCACCACAACAACCACCAGAACCAGAACCACAACAACCACCAGAACCAGAACCACAACCAGAACCAGAACCAUGCCGUGCUGCGGAGCUCUGUGUCAGUAUGAAACCACCAAGCUGGUCCGGAUCCAGAGUCUCCGGCUCGGAUCUCUGAAGUGGAGCCUGAACGGAGCCAUCCUGCUGUUCAUCUGCCUCAUGUUGCUGUGGAACAGGGCGUACCAGCAGUUUGACCUGGUGGUGAGCUCCGUCACCACCAAGGUGAAGGGAGUCGCUCAGACCACCCUGCCCGGGGUCGGGGACGUGGUCUGGGACGUGGUGGACUACAGCGGGCCCUCUCAGGACAAAAACUCGUUCUUCGUUGUGACGAACGUCAUCGUGACGAAGAAUCAGAAGCAGGGGAAAUGUCCCGAGGUUCCUCUGAAAGACCGAUCGUGUCGCUCUGAUAAAGACUGUGAGAAAGGAGGCUGGGACCAGCAGAGCCACGGGCUGAAGACGGGAUCAUGUGUGAAGUUUGACGUGUUGAGGAAAACCUGUGAGGUCUCUGCGUGGUGUCCAGUCGAAACCAAGACCAACCCUCCGAGGCCCGCUCUGCUGGCAGCAGCCGAGAACUUCACCGUCCUCAUCAAAAACAACAUCCGGUUCCCUGCGUUCAACUACAGCCGGAGGAACAUCCUCCCCGUGAUGAACGACAAAUACCUGAAGAGCUGCCAGAGAGGAAAAGACUCGCUGUGUCCCAUCUUCAGACUGGGAGACAUCGUCCGAGACGCCGGAGAGAAGUUCUCUGAAAUGGCCGUAGAGGGUGGCGUCAUCGGCAUCCUGAUCAAGUGGGACUGUAACCUGGACCGGCUGAUGCAGCGCUGCCUCCCCACCUACUCCUUCAGACGGCUGGACGAGAAGGAGAGCAACAGGACGCUCUACCCGGGCCUCAACUUCAGAUAUGCAAAGUACAACACGGUGGACGGAGUGGAGGAGCGGACGCUCUAUAAAGCAUUCGGCAUCAGGUUUGAAGUCAUGGUGUUCGGACAGGCGGGAAAGUUCAGCUUCAUCCAGCUCAUCAUCUACAUCGGAUCAACGCUGUCCUACUACGCUCUGACGACCUUGAUGAUCGACUGGCUGAUCGGAACCAGCUGUUACUCUGCAGAGGUCGGACAGAACUACUCUGAGAGGAAAGUGGAGUCUGUCCAGGACCAACAGAAGUGCAUCCUCUGUGUGUCCUACGUCGACGAGGACAACAUUCGGCUGGUGAAGAGAUCGCAGAAGAAAAGUUUACAAGACGUCAAACCGAUUUCUGUUCAGCCACUCAAGGAGGACUCGGGACACCUGAGAGCCGUCCUCUGUCUCCUCCAGACGGGUGUCGGCGUGGAUCACGACGCUCAACCUCCACUCAACCAGAAACCCGCCGCCGACGCCAAACCUCGCCGCCCGGCCUGGUGUAAGUGUGACCGCUGCGCCCCCUCCUCCGUCCCCCAGGAGGAGCUGUGCUGCCGGCUCGGCGACGGCGCCUGCAUCGUCUCGUCUCCGCUGUUCGAGCAGCUGGUGUUGCGCCGCUCGCUGCUGGAGGCCGUCCUCCUGUACCGGGACCCUCUGUCUCCCCCCGCUGGCCGAGGCCAGACCGCCGCCUUGCGUCACUGCGCCUACGGUCAGUACAUCAGCUGGAGGUUUGGGGUCACGCCCGACGACGCCCACGCCGCCAUCCCCAGCUGCUGCGUGCGGAGGAUCAGGGAGGAGUACCCGAGCCCGGGGUACAGCGGCUUCAGACCUGCCAGGGUGGCGUCCAUGAAGGCGUCCAUGCAGUCCUGCCCUAACUUUGUCAGCUUGAUUGUAUCAGUUGGGAAUGAAAGUCAAUAAAUCAUCCGUCAUCUCGCUUCUCAGUAACAAAUAGAAGUAUUAUUUCUUAGACUCAAUCCCUUUAAGGAGCUUUUUGCCUUUUUUAUACGGCAUAAAUAUCAUUUCUAACAUCACUAACAGACUAAAGUUUUCUCUCUUCUGCCAGGAAUGUGUUCACAUCCGUCAUAUCGUAUGGAAAGACUUUUAUUCCUACAUGGGAAUUAGCAAACUCCAAACAGUUCAUGGCAAAAACAGUUUAAUGGCAAUUAAAACAGGAUCAAAAAAUGAUUUGUCUCUCUCCAUUGACUAUCGUAAGAUCCAAUUGUUGCUGGGCGAAUGGAUAAACAGUUCGGCACGUCGUCAAACCUCAUUUUAAACAACCCCCCCUGUUUCCAGUCUUUAUGCUAAGCUAACCGGCUGCUAGUUGUAGCUUCAUAUUUACCGUACAGAUGAGAGAGAGGUUUUAAUUUGCAGAUUUCUCUCUCAGUAUGAAAGUGAAUAAAUGUAUUUCCCAGAAUGCAGACAUGAGAUCUUCUGAUUUGACUCUUGACAAGAAAAGAGAAUAAACCUGUUUCUUAACAUGU